CCGCCCGUCUCCAUGGAACCGCAGGGAGCGGGGAUACGGAGCGGGGACACGGAGCGGCCGCGGGGAAACAACUCCCAGCAUUCUCUUGCUCACAGAAAAAAACACCUUUGUUCCCAAUGUCCCGAAGUGCUUUGAUGCUCACUCUGAUGGAAGGAAGUGAAUGAGCAACGCGGUGUCCAUUCGGUGUCAUGCAUAGUGUGGGCAUCCCCCAGCAUGUGACCCCAGAGGAGGGGGAGCAGCGCUUUAUCCUGGAUGUGUGAGAAGCAGAAAUCUCUCUGGAUCUCUGGUCAUGCUGCAUCUCCUCGCACCCAGCCCUGUCCCAGCAGUGAGUGCCUGAGCCCGGCGUUGUGAUGCUCCGUGCUGCUGCCUGCAGCUGAUGCUGUGUGUUCAGCGGUGGGAUGGGGAAACUGCAGAGUAAGAUCAGCUUGCACACGGCCACGUAUGGGGCUGAUGGCCCCACGGGAAGGCCAGGACGUGGUGGGGUGGUGGAGCUGCACAGCCCUGCGCACAGCGAUGCGGUCACCUGCGUGGCUGCUGUCAGACCAGAGCUCUGCGUGUCAGGAGGAAAGGAUAAGAGUGUGGCUGUCUGUAACUGGAGGUCCGGAGCUGUGCUGGGGCGCUUCGUCAGCCAUGAGCACGAGGUCACCAAGGUCACCUGCACCCAAGAUUCCAACAGAGUCUUCAGUGCAUCCCGGGACAGAACAGUAAUGAUGUGGGAGCUCCAUGGCACCUCGGGGCCAACGCAGCGCUUCCCAGGACAUGAGCUGGUGGUUACUGGACUGGCUGUGAGCCCAGAUGCGUCUCGGCUGUGCACAGGUUCACGAGACAACACCGUUCGCAAAUGGGAUGUGGAGACUGGAGAGUGCCUGUGCAGAGCUGCUCUCUCCAGGAACCUGGUAACACAUCUGUGCUGGGUCCCUGGGGAGCCCUACGUCAUCCAGACAUCAGAGGAUAAAACCAUCAGGAUGUGGGACAGCCGGGAGCUGCAGGUGGCACACACGUUCCCAGGCAAGCAGCACAUCCAGACGAGCUGUGAUGUGAGCCAGGACGGGAGAUACUGCGUCAGCAGCAGCAGCGGAUUUGCUGGGGAGGGCUGCGAAGCAACGCUGUGGGACCUACGGCAGACCAGGAGCCGAGUGUGUGAGUACAGAGGGCAUCUGCAGACCACAGCCUCAUGUGUGUUCCUCCCACGGGGUCCUGCUCUCACCCCCAGCAUUGCCACGUCCUCAUACGACAGCAAAGUGAAGGUCUGGGACCGGGACACUGCAGCCUGCCUGGCCACUGCAUGCCUCGAGGGAGCCGGACCGCUGGCCUCGCUGGCUGCCUGUGACAGCUCCACGCUGCUCUGCGCCAGCUUUCGCUCAGGGAUCCACGUGCUGCAGCUGAGGCACCAUGAGGAGCUGGAGCUGGAGAAGGUGGCAGUAUUUUGACCAUAGGCACCUCGCGCCUGCAGAGCGGUGACACAGCCGAACCACGGUGCACGGGGAUGUA